AUGGCCGCUCCCAGCCGAGCCCCAUGGCCAAGUCCGCCAGAGAGGGAAACUGGUCAACAUGUGGGGGACGUGUUCAUGAUGCAAGGCAGUGGCAAUGGAGGAAGCAGUAGUAAUAGUACAGACAACCAGUCGUCUGAUCAUGAUGCCGUUGACGUGAAGUCAUUCAUUGUGGACUCUGGCACGUCAGUUCAUGCCACGGGCGACCUGAACCUCUUCUCUUCCUUGGAGGAGGAUACCACCACCUACAUGCUCCUUCGCACGGCCAGCGGGGCGACGAUGGACAUAACUGGACGGGGCACCGUGCGGCAUCACAACAUCACUCUGCACGGCGUCCUGUUGGUCCCGGAAACUGGUCAACAUGUGGGGGACGUGUUCAUGAUGCAAGGCAGUGGCAAUGGAGGAAGCAGUAGUAAUAGUAGAGACAACCAGUCGUCUGAUCAUGAUGCCGUUGACGUGAAGUCAUUCAUUGUGGACUCUGGCGCGUCAGUUCAUGCCACGGGCGACCUGAAGCUCUUCUCUCACUUGGAGGAUACCACCACCAACAUGCGCCUUUGCACGGCCAGCCGGGCGACGAUGGACAUAACUGGACGGGGCUCCGUGCAGCAUCACAACAUCACUCUGCACGGCGUCCUGUUGGUGUCCGGGCUAGCUGUGAACCUCUUCUCUUACUUGGAGGAGGAUACCACCACCAACAUGCGCAUGUGCGGCCGAUGGACGGACCGCUACUUCUUCAAGGAAACUGGUCAACAUGUGGGGGACGUGUUCAUGAUGCAAGGCAGUGGCAAUGGAGGAAGCGGUAGUAACAGUAGAGACAACCAGUCGUCUGAUCAUGAUGCCGUUGACGUGAAGUCAUUCAUUGUGGACUCUGGCGCGUCAGUUCAUGCAACGGGCGACCCGAACCUCUUCUCUUACUUGGAGGAUACCACCACCAACAUGCGCCUUUGCACGGCCAACGGGUCGACGAUGGACAUAACUGGACGGGGCACCGUGCGGCAUCACAACAUCACUCGGCACGGCGUUGGGAGAAUUGUUGAGCCUAACCAGAUCUUCAAGCAAAUCAAGACAUACGGUGGAGGUUCAGGAUCAAAACCAGAUGAUGACAUCGAUAAAAUGCAACAGCAACAGCAGCAUGUUGACAGCUUUGGUACCGGAGUGCAUUUGUGGCCAUCUGAGGUAGCUCCAACACACUCUGUUGUCAAUGAAGAUUGUCUCCGUUGGGAAACAAUGACUGCUGCUAUGAACUGGAUGAAUAUAACAGGCAGUAUGAACUGUAACAAUAACUCUAGAUGCAUGACCGUCAGUUGGAUGAUGUCUCUGCACGAGGAGCGCUCUCUCGAGGACACAUAUCAGACGUCUCAGCGCACUGAUGGUGCUCCAGAGAUUCAUUUUACUGAACAGAAGGGGGAACCUGAGCUUCAUAGGUGCUUCUCUUUAUCCCUUCUAUUCAUCUUUUUGUCUCUUUCUUUAGUGUGCUGA